AACUUUUGAUCCUGUGGUCUUUGCAUUAAUACCCCGCUGCAUCCCCGCACAUCCCGUUCUGCCCCGCGUUUGUUUGCCUCUCUCCUCCUCUUCCUCUCUCUCUCUCCUUUCACUCUGUUCUUCUCUCGCUCUCUCCAUUUCUUGUGCUUGCUCUCGCGUCCUCUGCCUCUCUAGUAGUGUCAAACAGCUCUCUGUCCGUCUUCGCUCUCUUGAUUCUUCACACCGCCCGCUACACGAGUGACAUCCCACCAAAUACACGCACACGAUGGGCAAAGAAAAAAAAUCCACAGCGACAUUCGGUACUCACCUUCUCGCGGGCGGAACAGCAGGGAUGAUGGAAGCCCUCACCUGUCAUCCGCUGGAUACGAUCAAAGUCCGCAUGCAGCUAUCGCGGCGAGCGCGCAAGCCCGGUGAACGACCCCGCUCCUUCUUCCGCGUCGGCAGGGACAUCGUCGCCCGCGAAACGCCGUUGGGGUUAUACAAAGGCCUGGGCGCAGUGCUCGUCGGUAUCGUCCCAAAGAUGGCAAUCCGGUUCUCCUCUUUCGAGCAAUACAAAGCGCUCAUGGCACGGCGGUUUUCCUCUCCCUCAAACCCGGACAUGCCUAGUCCAACAGGCGUAUUCCUCUCCGGUCUCAUGGCCGGUGCGACGGAAGCAGUCCUCGUAGUCACCCCGAUGGAAGUGGUCAAGAUCCGCCUGCAGGCGCAGGUACACAGCCUUUCCGACCCGUUGGAGAUCCCGAAGUAUAGGAACGCAGCCCAUUGCGCAUAUACGAUCGUGCGCGAAGAAGGGCCAGGCGCGCUAUACAGAGGUGUAGUGCUCACCGCUGCGCGGCAGGCGAGCAACCAAGCUGCCUCAUUCACGACCUACACCUACCUGAAGCAGCUCAUCUCCAGCCUGCAACCCGACAAGCCCACGCUCCCCUCCUACCAGCACAUGCUUAUCGGCCUCGUAUCCGGUGCCAUGGGCCCCCUGUCAAACGCGCCGAUCGACACGAUCAAAACCCGCUUACAACGCGGUGACCCAUCACUCGGCGCACCCGGGGCAAUGGCGGCUGGAACAGGCGCGCAAAAGGCCGGGUGGAGGAAGGGAGUCGAGAUUGCCGUGGAACUGUUCAAGAAAGAAGGGAUGAGCGCCUUCUAUAAAGGUAUCACACCGAGGAUAAUGCGUGUCGCCCCUGGGCAGGCAGUCACUUUUGCGGUGUAUGAACGCGUGAAGAAAUGGCUCGAAGCCUUGCCGGCAUAUUCGGGCGCGGCGGCAGAGUUUGAGGAGUAAGCAGAACAGCGCCGUACGACCCGUGCUUGUACGGAACGGAACGAACAACCCAGAACAGAUAGAUGGGGAUAGGGCAUGUCACACAGCCUAUUACUACAGUAUUACAUCACAUCCUUUCUGGACAAGUUCAAGUUUGGAUUUGCAAUCCGGGUUUGGUGGUUGAGGCUUGCCGGGAAGAGUGUGAUAUGAUGUACCUGGAGGCCGAGGAGCUGGACGGCUUGUGCUCUUCUGCGUGCUAGGUCGAUAUCUUGGCUCGAAAAACGAGUACUACAUGUAGACGAGAGGCAUGCAUCCCAAUCGGUAGGAAGCGUACACCGAGGAGAAUCAGUGACACCCUUCUCUGGAGACCCAAACGGGCUCUUGGCGUUUUGGACCUUUGGUCGGGACUGGACGUCUUGCAGUUUGGCUUUCUACCCGGAAAAAGAAGCAGGGAUGUACGAAGAGGCAUACGUAUUUCCUAGAUUGGUAACAGGUCGCCGCCGCGGUUGAGGCAAGGGGAAGAAGAGUGUAGGCUCCGUAGCCCAGUACAGGGCGGUGGACAUCCUUGGUUUGCAGACCCGAGUCUUGGCGUCUUGCGGCUUGUAUCUUGGUUCCUACCAAAGAGAGAGCAAUUACAGUAUCCAUACGAACGAGUAUUCGCAUCAUUUCAUUUGGUCGGAAGACCAGA